AGGUAUUUCCUGCGACGUCACUGCAUCUGGACUCCAUUAACGAGUUUGGGGUGCUUUGGAUAGAAACAACAACAAAACAGAGGGAGACGAGGCAAGCGCUCAGAGGUUGCAGUGGGGUUGCGUGAGCGGAGUCCAGGGUCUGACACUGGUCUUCCAGCCCCCGACUUAACUGCUUUCAACCACCGACACUAUCUGCUAGGUAGCUAACUCUGGCCUCUGCUCCCCCCUCCUCCUCCGACUCGGACACAGGUGGAGCCUUGCCGCCACCGCGGAAGAAACAACGAGUCUCGGUGGCGGAGGGAGCAGGAGAGCCCGGUGCUUCAGUGACAGCGGGCCUCUCUGCUGUUGUUGGGGAACAUUCAACUUUUGCGCACCCUCUUUCAGCGCCUGUCGCCAACUUCUUUAACAGAAACCCCGUUACUAAUAUAAACAGCGAUAGCAUGCAGGCCAACGGGGGAGGACAAGGACAAAAUCAGGAGCUGUCCUGUUUAAAUAACGCACAAAACGGAGAGUCGUCGUCUACCGGAGCAGCGCACUCCAAUGGGCUGAUUUCCAGUGCUAACAACGGUAGUACUGUCAGUACCAAUAACGGGAUUGCGGUCGGGACAACCUCAGUAUCCGCAACUACUUCUACUGCCGCGGGUUCUGGCUCGGAUGUCGGGUCUACCUUGAAAAAGAAAAAGCGUCUUUCUCAGUCAGAAGAAGAUGUCAUCAGACUGAUUGGACAACAUCUACGUGGGUUAGGACUUAAUCAGACGGUGGACCUGUUGAUGCAGGAGUCUGGCUGCAGACUGGAACAUGCAGCUGCAACCAAGUUCCGCAACCAUGUAAUGGAGGGAGAGUGGGACAAGGCUGAAAGUGACCUGAAUGAGCUCAAAGCACUGAUGCACUCUCCCAGUGCCAUUGUGAAGAUGAAGUUCCUGCUGCUGCAGCAGAAGUAUCUGGAGUUCCUGGAGGAUGGGAAGGUGUUGGAGGCGCUGCAGGUCCUGAGAGGGGAGCUCACGCCACUCAAGUACAACACAGAGCGCAUUCACGUCCUGAGCGGGUAUCUGAUGUGCAGCCAUGCAGAGGACCUGCGUGCCAAAGCGGAGUGGGAGGGCAAAGGGGUCAGCUCCCGCUGCAGACUGCUGGACAAGCUGCAGACGUACCUGCCCCCCUCCGUCAUGCUGCCCCCCCGCAGGCUGCACACUCUGCUCAGGCAGGCUGUGGAGCUGCAGAGAGACCGCUGCCUCUACCACAACACCAAGCUGGACAGCAGCCUGGACUCGGUGUCCCUGCUCCUGGACCACGCCUGCAGCCGGUACAGCCUGCCCCAGCCAAAACAGUUCCCCUGUUACACUCAGCAGAUCCUGACGGAGCACUGCAACGAGGUUUGGUUCUGCAAGUUCUCCAACGACGGCACGAAGCUGGCCACGGGAUCCAAAGACACUACCGUCAUAAUCUGGCUGGUGGACCCGGAGACGCACCAGCUGAAGCUGCUGAGGACCCUGGAGGGACACGCGUAUGGAGUCUCCUACCUGGCCUGGAGCCCUGAUGACUCCUACCUGAUCGCCUGCGGCCCGGAUGACUGCUCAGAGCUGUGGCUCUGGAACAUACAGACGGGGGAACUGCGGACGAAGAUGAGCCAGUCACACGAGGACAGCCUGACCAGUGUGGCCUGGAACCCGGACGGCAAGCGCUUUGUGACCGGAGGCCAGAGAGGCCAGUUCUACCAGUGUGACCUGGACGGGAACCUGCUGGACUCCUGGGAGGGCGUGCGGGUGCAGUGUCUGUGGUGCCUGAGCGACGGGAGGACGGUGCUGGCCUCCGACACACACCAGCGUAUCCGUGGAUACAACUUUGAGGAUCUGACGGACAGGAACAUAGUACAGGAGGACCAUCCCAUAAUGUCUUUCACCGUGUCUGAAAAUGGAAGAUUAGCUCUGUUAAAUGUCGCCACUCAGGGAGUGCAUCUAUGGGACCUGCAGGACCGGGUGCUGGUGAGGAAGUACCAGGGUGUGACCCAGGGCUUCUACACCAUUCACUCCUGCUUCGGAGGCCAUAAUGAGGACUUCAUCGCCAGCGGGAGCGAAGAUCACAAAGUGUACAUCUGGCACAAGCGCAGCGAGCUGCCCAUCGCCGAGCUGACCGGACACACGCGCACCGUCAACUGCGUGAGCUGGAACCCCGCCCUGCCCGGCCUCAUGGCCAGCGCCUCGGACGACGGCACGGUCCGCGUGUGGGGCCCCGCCCCCUUCCUGGACGUGGACGCAGAGGGUCUGAACGAGAACAGCUGCUGCACCAUGGACAGUUGAUGGUCACCACAGAGAGGGAAAAAACUGCUCUCAGUCGAUGGGUACCGCAGAGAGGGAAAAACUGCUCUCAAAUGAAUCAAAUUCAGAUAUGAAGAGAUGAAAAGGAGGUGAAGGAAGGAAGGUUUCAUUUUUGAAGCGGGCUGCGUAUAUGCGCCCAGCCACGGCGAGCGUCAUGGCGGAAUGUGGACUAAUCAUUGGAACUGAACCGUCAGGAGGCCUGCCCACGACCUCCUGACCUCUGACCCCUGACCCGGACACGUGACCGGCUGCACUCCCUGUCUCAUACCCCCCACUGCCUGAAGAAACUCGGCCCCCUCCGCCCCACUGAGUGUGACUCACCCCCAUACCCGCUUCCAGCCAUCCCCCCUCCACACGCACACACACACUGACACUGACACACACACACACACACAAAGGCACAGACACAUACACAUGCACACACAGACACAGAAACACACACACACACACAAAGGCACAGACACAUACACAUGCACACACAGACACAGAAACACACACGCACACACACAAACCAGGGGACACCAGAGUGAGAUAUCAAGUUUAUUUAUUUCAUCUUCUGCUCUUUCCUGCACUUUGGGGAUUAUCAUCCAAUACCCCUCAAAAACAGAUGCUUGUUUGAAUUUUUUAUAGUUAUAUUAUAUUGUUAUAAUUUAUCAGUUAAAUAGAGAGACUUGAAUAAUGGAAAUGGUGUGUUUUAUUGCAAAGUUUUCUGGAAAUCUCACUUUCUCCCUUUGUUUCUCUGUUAAAACCACACUCACACAGUUAAUGGAUGGUCACACUGAAUUAUAGAGAAUUUUAAUCAGAAUGAUUUGCAGGGAUUUUAACAGAAUCUGACUAAUUUAACCAGGGAACAGAACUACACUCAAUGACUUUUUUUUCUUUUUAGUUUUAUAUUCAUCUUUAAUACUGCAUUUCAUCCCCAUCCCCCUUCCUUUAUUUUCUAUUUCCUUGACCUCCGUGAAUAUGUUUUAAAAAAAUCUGAUUCUUGCCCAUGUGACCGGAGAAGGCGCCACAGACUGGGGGACGUGGUUCAUUUGUGUGUGUGUGUGUGUGUGUGUGCACGCUGGGGGGUGUGGGGGUGGGGGUGGCAGGGGUUAAUAUGGGAGCUUUUUCCCUCUUGCGCUUUCUGUCACAUUAACCCCGGGUGAUGGCAUGCUGAUGAGGGACGUAUUCACCAGGAGUGCUAACACGGAGCCCAACAACCACAACUCAGCACUGGAACCCCGUAAGUCCUGCUUUCCUCUCUCCUGCCACCCUCUUCUGCUCCUGCCUUUUUUUCUCUCUCCCUUCUGCUCUCUCCUCAUCUUCCCUUCCUCUCUUUCCCUUUUUACUCUUCCUCUGUCCCCUUUUCUCUCAGAUUCCCUCCAGUAGACGGGCAUUAACGCUGUUUUUGC